GGGGCGGGCGUGGGCGCGGCGGCUCGCUGGCUGGCUGGCUGGCGCGCCGUCAUCCUUCCCACUCUCCUCCCUCCCUUGGCUGUGCCGCGCGGGCUCUAUGACCCCGAGGUUCCGAGCGCCGAUGACACGGAUUCCGAGGCUCAGUUACGGAAGCAGCAGCAGCAGCAGCAGCAGCCGCCGCUGCUCCCCCCGCCGCCGCUGUCGCCGCCUGCUCCUUCUCUUGCUCCGCCGCCGCCGCCGCCGCCGCCACCUGGCCGAAGCCAAGCCCUGCGCGCGCAGCCCCGACUCUUCCUCCCGGCACUGGCCGAGAGGGCUCGACGGCGGCGGCAACAGCAGCAGCAGCAACAGCGGACGCCGAGAAGGAGGCUGCCCCGGGUGGGCACUGGAACCGCCGCCGCCGCCGCUGCUGGACAGCCGCUCCGCCGCUGCCCGGUCAGAAAGGGCCGGCGCUGCUCUUGGCGCCUGCUCGGCAGCGCGCCCCGCCGCCGACCUCUCCCCUCCGCCCCUGCCGAAGGGGCCGGUGAGCUGGCCAGCAGCAGGCCUCGGCUGGGGAGCGCCCCACUUUCUCCGGUUUCGACUCCUCCGUCGUCUCCGUCGUCUCCGGCCGAGGGGCACCGCCGCCGAGGCCCCCGCAUGGAGAAGCGGGGCAAGAGAGUGGACUGCCCGGCGUUGCCUCCCGGUUGGAAGAAAGAGGAGGUCAUCCGCAAAUCGGGGCUCAGCGCCGGGAAGAGCGAUGUCUACUACUUCAGUCCAAGUGGGAAGAAGUUCCGAAGCAAACCCCAGUUGGCCAGAUACUUGGGGAACACGGUUGACCUCAGCAGUUUCGACUUCAGGACAGGGAAGAUGAUGCCAAGUAAAUUGCAGAAGAACAAACAGAAAUUACGGAACGAUUCACUCAAUCAAAACAAGGGUAAACCAGAUUUAAACACAACGUUGCCAAUCAGACAAACAGCUUCUAUUUUUAAACAGCCUGUUACCAAAGUCACGAACCAUCCUAACAACAAAGUGAAAUCUGACCCCCAACGAGUGAUUGAACAGCCGAGACAGCUUUUCUGGGAGAAGAGGCUUCAAGGCUUAAGUGCAUCAGAUGUCAGUGAGCAAAUCAUAAAAUCCAUGGAGCUUCCUAAAGGCCUUCAAGGAGUGGGCCCCGGGAACAACGAUGACACCCUCUUGUCGGCUGUGGCCAGCGCAUUGCACACGAGUUCCGCGCCCAUCACAGGACAACUCUCGACCGCCGUGGAAAAAAACCCAGCUGUGUGGUUAAACACAUCGCAGCCUCUCUGCAAGGCCUUCAUUGUCACGGAUGAAGACAUUAGGAAGCAAGAGGAGCGAGUGCAACAGGUACGGAAAAAACUGGAGGAGGCACUGAUGGCAGACAUCUUGUCCCGGGCUACGGAUACAGCAGAAGUAGAUGAGGUCGAAAUGGACAAUGGAGAAGAGGCAUAAGAAUUAAAUAAUCAGGUACUUUAAAAAAAAGAGAGAGAAAGAGACUCCCAGAUAAAAAUUUCUGGAAAUUGGAAGCGCUUUUAUGAUUUCCGUUGGUCUUUUGUGAUAGAAGAAGAAAAAGAAGACCUCUGCACAUUUAUAUAGCUUUCUAAUAGCAUUAAAAACCAAUGCCCUUUUUCAGCUCUUAUUAUUAUUAUUAUUAUUAUUAUUUUAUUAUUCUAUUUUUGAUGUAGAUAUCUUGUUAAGAAAAGAAAGAAAAAAAGGGGGGGG